AUGCUCUACACAAUGACAUGUUGGCUCCCGGUCCUGGUCCUCCACCUGGUCCUCCUGAGCCCCCCGCGGGUGGCAGCCUGCCCUGCCCGCUGCGAGUGCGCCCCGCAGAUCAAGUCGGUGGUGUGUCACCGCAAGCGGCUCACCUCCAUCCCCGAGGGCAUCCCCACCGAGACCAAGAUCCUGGAGCUCAAUAAGAACCGCAUCCGCUGCCUGAACCCCGGGGACCUCUCCCCAUACCCGCUGCUGGAGGAGCUGGAUUUCAGUGAGAACAUCAUCUCCAAUGUGGAGCCGGGCGCCUUCAGCAACCUGUUCAACCUGCAGACCUUGCGGCUGCGGGGGAACCAGCUCAAGCUCAUCCCCCCGGGGGUCUUCACCAAGCUGACCAACCUCACCCUCCUGGACAUCAGCGAGAACAAACUCGUCAUCCUGCUGGACUACAUGUUCCAGGACCUGCGAAACCUGAAGAGCCUGGAGGUGGGCGAUAACGACUUGGUGUACAUCUCCCAGCGGGCCUUCUCGGGGCUGCUCGGCCUGGAGCAGCUGACCAUCGAGAAGUGCAACCUGACCUCCAUCUCGGCUGAGUCGCUCUCCUACCUCCAGAACCUGGAGGUGCUGCGGCUCCGGCACCUCAGCAUCUCCGCGCUGGAGGACCAAAACUUCAAGAAGCUCUACAACCUCCUGCAGCUGGAGAUCGACAACUGGCCGCUGUUGGAAGACGUCUCCCCCACCAGCUUCCAGGGCCUGAACCUCACCUCACUCUCCAUCACCUACACCAACAUCACAGCCGUGCCCGCCGCUGCCUUGAGGAACCUGGUGUACCUCCGGUACCUGAACCUGUCCUACAACCCCAUUAGCACUGUGCUGAAGGGCUCCUUUAAAGACCUCAUUCGGCUCCAGGAGCUCCACAUCGUGGGCGCUCUCUUGGUGUCCGUGGAGCCGCAGGCCUUCUCCGGCCUGAGACAAAUCCGGCUGCUCAACCUCUCCAGCAACUUUCUCUCCACGCUGGAGGAGAGCACCUUCCACUCCGUCAACACGCUGGAGACGCUGCGGGUGGACAGGAACCCCCUGGCCUGCGACUGCCGCCUCCUCUGGAUCCUGCAGCGACGGAAGACGCUCAACUUCGACGGGCAGCAGCCCAUGUGCUCCUCGCCGCCCGAAAUCCAGGGCAACGCCCUGCGUGACUUCCCGGACUCUGUGCUCUUCGAGUACUUCACCUGCCAGAAGCCCAAGAUAAGGGAUCGGAAGCUGCAGCAUGUGACGGCCCGGGAAGGGCAGUCCGUGUCCUUCCUUUGCCGGGCGGAUGGGGAGCCGGACCCCUCCAUUGCCUGGGUGUCCCCCCAGCACCGCCGCAUGAUCACCACCCGCAGCACGGGGCGGGCGACCGUGCUGCCCGGGGGCACCCUGGAGAUCCGCUUCGCCCAGGUGCAGGACAGCGGCACCUACAUCUGCAUCGCCAGCAACGCGGGAGGCAACGACACCUACUUCGCCACCCUGACGGUCAAGGGGCGGCCAGCCGACGGCUCCCACUACGCGCACCGAACUUUGUACCUCAGCGAGAGAGCUGCGAGCCCACCUCGUCCCCCGCAAGGCUAG